AUCGCCCUUUACUAUUGUAGGGUGAACAAUUUUGUCGGUGCCGUUUCGACGAUUCGCUAUACGUUGCUCUGGCCUGUAAAAUUUCCGGUGGCCCCUUGGUGAUCACGCUUAAAACAAGUCGAAAGCUUGGAAAAGACCAAAGCACUCCAUUUUGAAGGAGAUCAACGAAAAGUAAAGUCAAGCAACACCGACACUGGUCGAGAGUGCAAGUUUUCCUUUACUCGUCAUUGACGUCUCCGCAGUUUAGUUGUUUGCUAAAGAAAUCAACCCCCCCGCAGGAGCGACGACUGCAACGGCAGUCACUAUUUCCACCCUACGAAUCUGAAAGUCUGGACUUUUAAACAGUGCAGCAGCGAACAUACUCAAAGAUGGCUUCGUCAACAGGAGUUGUUGUUCCAAGAAACUUUCGCCUGCUCGAGGAGUUGGAAGCUGGCCAGAAAGGUGUGGGCGAUGGUACAAUAUCCUGGGGUCUCGAGAAUGAUGACGAUAUGACUCUCACUCACUGGACCGGUAUGAUCAUUGGUCCGCCUAGAACACCGUAUGAAAACAGAAUGUACUCUUUGAAGGUCGAAUGUGGUGAGCGUUACCCAGACGAGCCGCCAACGUUGAAGUUUCUUUCCAAAAUUAACAUCAACUGCAUCAACAGUCAGAACGGUGUGGUUGAUCAUAGGAUGGUUCCUGUGCUGAGCAGAUGGAACCGUGAUUACACGAUUAAGACAAUUUUACAAGAAAUACGUAGGAUUAUGACGCUAAAGGAAAACCUAAAGUUAACACAGCCGCCGGAGGGUAGUUGCUUUUAGUGCACUUAAAUCAUCUCUGAAAAUGGAAACACAACAACCGUCAGUGGAAAAGUCUUGAAGAGUGGUAAUAAACAGAAGAUGGAUGGAUAUGAACGGAAAUGAAAACGAUUCAAGGAGAGUUACAUUAUCAAACAGAAGAAAAAACCUGCUAAACCGCUAAUCGUAAUAUCCAACCAAUAACGUACCAGAGGGUAAGCAGAAGGCAAACCCAUACAACAGAGCAAAGAAGAAAGUAGCGGUGAUACACUGUGGCUAACAAACUAUCCCUUAGCCUGGGAAUAAUUGAAGAGAAUGAUAACAGAACCCUUGGCUGCUGCGAAAAGUUGAGAAAAUAGUACCAUCAGAAAAGCCGAAACUGUCCCGUGGUCUUCUGCCCAACAUCACCAGCGUGUACGUCGCGUUUAAGACGACAAAAAGCUUUUGUUGUCGCAAUGUGCAUUCGUAAAAAAACCACUGUUGGUCCAUUAGGGGAAUCGUGAUUACAGAAAAUCUUUUAAUCACCUUAUUUUAGAGCCUACGCUGGCACCAUAAAAGGAACUGCUUUCUGAUGCUAAAACAGCUGUUGAAAUCGAUUAAUACAAUCUUCCACCCUUGCAGAAGAUACAAAAAACCCAUGUGAAUGCGGUUUCCAUAACUACCGAACCAUUGGAAUAUUAGGAAGAGUUGUCGUAUGGGAUGAAAGAGAGAAAUCACCAGUAGGGCAGAGGCAGAAAGAAAGUUAGAAGACUAGUGAUAAUAGUCAUAUCCCGAUGUUGGGUUUUUUCCGGAACACUUAAUCACAUUCGAGGAAUAACGCAGGCUUUCUGGCUGGUUUGUUUGUGUAUCUAUAGGUACAACCAAGAUUGUUUAGAAAAGGAAAGUAGCCAUGAAAGUUCAAUCGUGCCGGCAUUAGACCUUCGGGAAUGUUUCGUACAUGAAUUCAAGGUUUUUGAUCUUAGAUUCCUCUUUGUAAACGACAAUGCGAUUCGCACGGACUUAAAACGGUGGAAAGUGGAAAACCUUUGUUUACGCGCUCGGUAUAUUAAAUGGAAAUCACAUCAACUAAGCUAUUUACAACAGCUUUUUCUUUUUUGCGUCUUUAUCAUGGAUGAUUGAUUAACGUGGGCAUUGCGAGUUGUUCGUGCCGUUUUGUUUUAACUGAUCCUUCAACGGUUCCUCCAUAUUUCUUCGGUAGUGUCUUAUCUUUAAAAAAUAAUUACUGUUUGAUGUUUGUGUUUGGCUCUACGUAUUUGUACGUAUAUUAGUUUCAUUCGCAUCAUUACGAACACAAUACAAUUCAUAGAGGUGAGAACAAAACAUUAAGGGCGAAAGAAAUUAUAUACUUUUUUAACAUUAAUUAAAGAAAAAACUGAACUCCAUUGACAUUUUGCAACGAUUUUCAACUUGUUGGCCUGCAUAACAUGUUGUUUUACUUUGGUGUUGUUUUGGGUACUUUAUUUCUAUCCACGACUUUUCCAUAGUAUCAUCUUAGGAUGCUAUAAAUAGCAAGACGUUAAAAUUGAAAUACUUAAGUUUGAAGGGUUUGGUAUUAUUGCUUAGGCAAUAUACUUACAAAUCAACAUUAACCCAUCGCUAACGCAUAUUUCAUACCAAAAAUGGUGAAACAGCAAUGCAAAUAAUAAGAGUAAAAUAGCAACGGAGAAUCAUCAGAAAACGUGGCGCAAUUUUAGAAUCACAAAUAAUUUCAACUGCUUCGGUUACUUAAAAAAAUUAAUAAGGAAAUUAAACAGAAACUUGACAAAAAUAUGUCAAGGUAAUGAAUAAAACAUGCUGCAAUGUGAACAUACCCACUGAAAUUGUUAUUUUUUUGUUGCAAAAAACUUGCAUUAGAAACUUAAAACACGCUUCCGAUUCCCUGUGGUUUGCUA